AUGCUAGGUCGCAAACAACAAGUCGUAGAAGAGAAUUGGGAUGACGACUUUGAAUUUGGCAAUUCACCCCGCAACUCGCCCGUUCCGACAACGGCCCCUAUCCAUCAUCUCGUCCACAAAACACGCUCCCAAAACUAUCAUGCAAGAUCUAACACGGACCUCCAUUCGCAAUCAUCCCGAGAAGGCGGCUUUAGAACGGCCAGCCGCACCAAUCUCCAACGGGCGGCCCUGUCCUCGACAAGGAUUGCCCACCCACCACCCAGCUCGGCGCAUUUAGCCGUCAUCUCCAAAGAUAGGAAAGCAAGAUGGAGUGGGAAUAGCGAAGAAGAUUGGGAUUUGGAGGAAGCGGAUACUACGAUGAAAGCCCCUCCCCAAUUGCCUCAAACGUCUGCUGCUCCUCAUGCUUCCUCGCAUGCGCAAUCACAUUCGUCCCAUAACCGUGCGUCGACGGACCAAGAGAGUCAAAUCGUCCAUUUCAACAGUCGCCGCUCUCCUUCACCUUCUGGAAAUGCAUCACCCACCAUGUCUGCAUUCUCUAUCCCACUUUCCGCCACCUCUUCCAUCCGACACCACGCUGCUCCGUCCAUUGGCGGUUCUUCGACAAACUUCCUCUUACACAACGGACGUCGAAGUGUUAUGGAGAUUGAAAAGAGCCGACACGACCGCGAACGGAGGCGUCUCAGGAAAAAGUCUCGUCCGUCGGGUGGUGCGACACAAAUGGAAGACGGCUUUGACUCGUCGGAUAUCCCAGCUUCCAGUGGCCAAAAGCUCGUGAUACCACGUCGAUACGCUGUAGGAGGUGGACGGGACGCUCAUAGUUCGUCUGAAUCAGACGACUCUGGCGGCGAGCUAUCCGAGCUCGAAGAGGAAGCGUCUGGGCCCGGUCCCGCCACCUUGAACAAAGCCGUUGCUGCUGCUGCUGCAAACACGAGCUCGGCUGGUACUACCCAGACUCCAUCUCGCGCUCCAGUCCAGCUCAAGCCGACGUCGUCGAGGCCCACUUUGGCUUCGGUCCUCUCGCCUCGCGGGUCGACUGCACCUUCAACAUCUGGCACGAGGACACCUGCUGCGCCACCUUCAGGUUCCGGUGCACAAAGUGGUCCGUCCAAGUUGAUUCGCAAAUCGUCGAAUCUUUCCAAGACGGCUUCGCCUGUCAUUGGCACUCAGCAGCUCAAGCCCAAAUCGUCGAUCCCACUUUCGUCUACGUCUAAUGUCCCUCAAAUGCAAAUCUCACCUGCGAGAAGUGCGACGAGUGGCCCAAGUCUUCCACCCACUUCGCCACCUCGUUCUGUCCUCGAACUGAGGGCGGCUGCCCAGCCACGACAUGAUGGAUCAGAGGAUGGACAUGUAAAUGAUUGUGGAUCGUCGAUUGCUGGGUCCUCACACAAGGCUCGUACGCCGAUUCUCGCUCGUCUCAGUGGUCUCAAGCGAUGGAGUAAGAGUCCAUCUCUCGGGGCGUCGUCCAAGCUUCCUAGUCUGGGGAGUACCACUGCUUUCCCUACGUCGCCGUCGACGACGGAUGUCACCUCUACCCCUGGCUUAAAGUCGUCGAGUGGGUCCAUUCGCGCAAAAACGCUUGGACUCGUCCGACGCGCCUCGCAAACGUUCCGUAACAACGAUGAACCGACUCCAUCUACUUCGACCUCGAACGCUGCUGCAUCACCUUCUGGAAAUGACGAGGGCCGUCGUGGGAUGAAUCCCUUUCGGCGUGUUUCGCUUACGGGGAUGAAAAGACUCGUGACGGAUCAUCAUCAUCACCCACCAUCCCGUCUCAGCACGGAGCAAACGCGGGAUGGUGAUGACGAGGCGGAGCAGCCUCCUCAGACGCUCCUCGAGCUCGCGGCUGCUAAACGCGCUGCGGCGGCCAAAGCUGAAGCGCAAAAGCAAGAAGAGCGACAAAAGGAAAAGGAGCGAAAGCGAGAGGAAAAAGAGAAAGAAAAGGCGGAACAUGGCGGCAAGACGACGUCGCAUCUUCGCAACUCGCUCAACUUUGCCAGUCGGCUUCGGUCAAAGUCGGGUGGGAAUGAUGGCAAGACAGAGGUGGCGUCUAAUGUGCACAAGGAUGCGGGUGCGAAUAUUGGUGUCGCACGUGCUCCGCAUACGCUUGGACGGACUGCGGCGUUGGCAAAGGCGCCCAAGCCUCCUGUCAAGUCGUUGAUGUCUGGAGUGGCCUCGUCGAGUGAUGAUACGUCGUCUCUUUCUGCAUCCCCCGCGUCCAGUCGUCCUCGUCAGCAGCUACCGCCAGUCCCUACGGAUUCCAAGCCACGCUCGUCUGCGACUCCAUCCAAGUCCGCUGCAGACUCGAUCUCUCGUGGAACGUCUCGACGACGUGAAGAGGGGAGUACGCGACAUACUCGCGAAGGCACCGCGCGUCCGCCUUUGUCUACGACGAGCGCGUCCAAGUCGAGUUCAUCUGGCGCGCAGCUCGAUAGCACCCCCCGUGCGUUUAACAGCGUCAAGGCUCUCCCACCCACUGCGGACGCUCGUGCGGCCAUUCCAGUUGAAUAUCGCAUGACGAAUACCGCCGAUGAUCGAGCGUCGUUGACGCCCACGACUGCUGCUACGAUGGGUCGUGCCAUGGGUGCUACUGUUCAGGAGAAAAAGGAGCCCGGAGGAGUAGCGUCGGCGAGGCGCAGCGGCAUGCGCACGCAAGGCGCGUUGAAGCGUGAGCUCGAGGCUGUCAAAGAGUUUGCGAGCAGCGUCGAAGAGCUCAAGCGGUUCCAGUCGACGUAUCAUGACAUCCUCAAUAGUCUGCCUGCGUCUCGUCGCAAUACUUCUUCGCGCUCGGCGGCGAGACAACUCGCUGCGGUCGAGAAUGUGAGCUCGCAGUAUGCGCUUUGGUGGGAGUGUGCAGAGCUCCUUGUCGAACUUGGUGGUGCUGCACCUCCUACGGUUGCUGGGACACCAAUUCACGAGGAUAUUCCUGCGAGUACGAGCGCCUACAGUACCUCUGCGCUCCUUUUCAGCACCUCUAGUCAUGGCGACCUCAGCCACCGACAGCUCAAUCUUCUUCGCCAGAUGCUCUCGACACCCAAUCCACGUUCCUUUAACGAAGCCGUCGCCUCUAUUAACCCCAGCACGUCGCAAGCGACACUCUCCUCGCAGCAGAGCAGUCGAAGUACUGCCGAAGACUCGACGAGGCCCCGACGACCGGGUCACUAUCGCGAAUUGAGUGGAUCUGGCUCUGACCACGUCAUGUCCGACCAGGCGUCGACGACGGGUAACAAGAGCAGUAUCGACUCGCGCGACAGCCAUGACCCGGCGUCAAUGAGAGGUGGCAACUAUCCUUAUUAUCACGGUACCUGGAAGCACAGUGUGCGCUCUGGAACACCGGCUGGAACUUCGUCGACGACGGGUAGUCGACCAAGCCUCGCUGGCAUGUUUGCUAAUAGUCGCGAUAUUACGCCCACCAAUGCCCCCAAGUCAAAGGACAGCUCUGCAUACGAAAGCAGCUCGUCUGCUGCUGGACAGACUGGCGGAGACGGCAGCGGUUCGGAUUGGGAUGCCGAGUCGGACGGGGAUAAAAACACGUCUGCGUCUCGACAUCUCCCGUCUCUCCCUUCUCCUUCGACGACGACUUCUUCUCUCGACUCUCUUCCCAUGCGUCUUGCACUCACACCGGAGAAUAUCGCGCCCUUGCUCGCUUAUGCGAAAGAAGUCAAGGCGCGGCUUUCCGAGUGUCUGCAAGAGCUGGGCCAAAUCAAGAACGAUACCAAUAAUACCAUUCCGAUGAACGUCCAUGCUGUGCCUGUCGCUCAACCACUCGCCAGCGAAGGACGACGACGAGAGCAGGGAUCCGGCACCUCGACGAUUCGUCGUGCGUGA